UACUAAGAAUGGACGCCAGUACAAAUAUAAACCAAUGUCAACAAACAUUACUCCCGGAUUGGCAGAUAGGAAAAGACUUAAGUUGUUGUAUGACAGAAAUAUAUGACAAGAAGCUGUGGACAGAUGUAAAGUUCCGCUGUAAAGAUCACGACGACGACGAGAGAAUCUAUGCUCACAAGACGAUCCUGGCGGCAAGAAGUCCUGUAUUCCAGGCAAUGUUUUUCGGAACAUUUACAGAAAGUAAAGAAGAAGUUCCACUAAAAGACGCUGAAAAGGGAAUAUUUGAUCUAUUCUUGAGGUACAUUUACAGUGAUGCAGUGACACUGGAAGGAGACACGGCUUCUGAACUGUUACAAAUGGCACAUCUGUAUCAAGUUCCAAGACUCGUUCAAGUUUGUGCCGACUUCUUAGAAAAGAAUAUCACACCAGAAAAUGCAUGCGAAAUUCUGACACUCGCACUAGGUUAUGAAAUAUCAAGCCUCAAAGAGGCAUGCUGCACUGUCAUCGACCAAAAUGCUCGACAAGUUCUAAGGUCAGACGGAUUCAUGGACCUUAAGGAAGAUGUUUUGCAUCAUAUUUUAAAAGGAGAUACUUUCUAUGUGGACGAAGAAGAAAUAUUUUUGAAGGCAGAAGAAUGGUCCAUUAAAAAGCUUAGGAUAGAUUGUUUGGAACAAAAUGGCGACAACAUUCGAAAAGCACUUGCAAAAUCGUUCUAUCAAUUAAGACUUCCUACUAUGUCGUAUGAAACAAUGGUGAAAUGUACUCAGAAUAAAGGGUACUUGUCUGCAGACGAAUGCAAAGAUAUAGCUGAUUUUAUAAGCGGUAUUUCCGACGCUUCUGUUUCGAGUAAUUCGUGCGUACCUCGAGUCCCAGUAAAUGAAACACUGGUGUUGAAUACUGGCAAAGGAGAAAAAGGAAACUCCCACUCGCUUAAAUGUUCAUUUAGUAUACACGCUGCCAAAGAUGCAGAACUGAUUAGUUUUGGUCUGUGCGAUAUUGAGCCAUACAUUGAGUACCAUCAUUGCGUGCAGUCAAGUUGCUAUGGCGACGCCGGGACCACACUAGCAAGUUUUUUUUCGAUGUAUACUAAUCAAGUCAUCGAACUUGUCUGUUACCGAAAAUUGGAACGACGUGGAGAAAGAAGAGUCAUACAAUAUGACGAAUUGUCAGAAGUUAAUCUUAACAAGAGCGUAUAUCCACUUAUACAUGUUACGUUCUCCAUCUGCAGUUUGAAUUUCAGUCACACGUUUGCAUUACCCACUUCACAAACCUCCGGCGAAGUGGUGCGCCUGGAAGAGCCUUUGGUACUAAAGAAGGCAUACACGCCGUAUAUUGCUGAUGUUGUUAUGAAUUUCAACUGUUGUAUCGGGAAGGCCUAUUGUAGCGAGUAUAAGAUGAAAAUACGGUACAACAAAGGACAGGGAACUGUCAAAAGCAAAGACGGUCAGAUAGAAGUAUCUUCCCAAUCAGAGUUCGGAUUAUUGAAAAGCAUACAAUUCCGAAAUUUGGCAAAUCGGCAUGAAGACUAAUAAGGACGAUAAUAGGUCAAAUAAUUGCGAGAAAACAAAAUCUAUUACAGUAAUUUAAAGACAGUACGGACUUUUACAAGAGUUUAUUACUGAAAUAAAAGUAUCUUUAGAUAAGUUCUUAUCAUGGAAAGUUUGAAAUGUUUUUUGAAAGACAGACAUCAAUUUACGGCGUACAUUGUUUUCAAUACCAGGCCAUACGUGUCUUUCACAGGGGGAUGGAGCUAUAGGCGUCCUACAUUUAAUGUUACCAGACUACAAAAUACACAAAUUUCUUUAUGAUCAUUUGCAGUUUCAUAAUUAUAGUGUCUUUAAAUAUUUCCCUUUUUGCGUUAGUGCAUGAACAGACACGCUAUGAAAAGUGUAUGUGUAAACUUCAGAUUUUCGUUUGAGUGAGGGAGGGAGAUGCUAUUGAUAUUACAGUGUUUAGGUAAA